AUGAAGCUCGAGUUAUUUUUCCUCCUAAGCCUUGUGGCUUGCGCCAUAGCCGCACCCAACAGAGCCAGGGAAGUGGGCUCUCCUGUCACCAUCCGAUCCGAUCCUAUCUCCCCUGGGAACCGCCCGCGGCAGUGGUGGGAAUAUGAAGGCGAAGGGGAGAAUGCGCAGUCUGCCUCUAAUUUAAUACUCCAGGCUGUGGGCAGGCUCAACGAAAUUUUGAGGCAUCAACAAGAAAUGAAUUUUGAAACAGAAUCCACAGAUGAAGAGGGACUCGUGGAAAAUGGAAUUCUGGAUCAUGCACCAUGUCAACCUUUGACGAUGAUUUUUGCCCGUGGAACCAACGAGGGGGGAAAUAUGGGUAAAGUAAUUGGCAGACCGCUUGCAGCCGCCCUUCGAGCUCAGACAGGGAAUAAAGUGAUAAUUCAAGGUGUCAAUUAUGAGGCCACCCCUGAGGGAAACUUGCUCCUAGGCCUCAACGGCGGCCCAAUUAUGUCUCAACUUGUAAGGAAAUCGCUUGAACAAUGCCCUGACAGCAAAGUUGUCCUCGCUGGAUAUUCCCAGGGUGCAAUGGUCACUCAUGCCGCGGCAGUGUUGACACCGAAAGGCGUGUCAGCGCUUGCAGUUUUCGGCGAUCCAGGCCGUUUUGCCCCCUUUGUCAAUAUCUCCCCCGAUAAGACAAAGAAAUAUUGCCUUCCUGGAGACCCAGUUUGCCUAAACGGAUUCGACCUCGACGCUCAUUCGAAGUAUGGCAUAGUCGCAGACGACGCAGCGAAAUUCCUCAUCAAGGCCGCUGGUGCCCAAUAG